AUUUUUGUAAAAAAAAAAAAAAGUCUGCUUUGCUCAUAAACAUUAAAAUUUAUCGUUUGCGUAAAGAUGUAAUCGUUUGCCAAGCGAAUCUUGUUCUUUUGCUGGCAUGUAAUAUUAUAACCUUAUUUUGACCGAAAAUCUAAUUUUCUAAGGUAAUUUUUUUUAUAAAAUAUUUCCUAUACCCAAAAAAACUGAAUAAUGGAGGGUCACGAAGAGAGCGUAAAUGAGGAGUUCCUGACAAGCGAUCCGUGCCCUAUAACACCAGCUGAAGGCUAUAUAUGUGAAGAAACUAAUGUUACGCCAAGAACGGAGCAAGAAGGGCUAGAACUUCGGGCCAAGAAACUGCGCCACCUGCGCAAUAUCCUGGAAAAGGACUCCAGGGCGGUCGACAUGAAAUGGAGCCUUUUUGUGGCCGCGUGCCAAAGUUACCGAUUCAAUUCCGUUCUCAAGCCGUUUCCGCCGGCUUUCGUGAAGGAUGGCGUCAAGGACAUAGAAUUACUGUUGAGAGUUGUGGAAGAAUCACCGCCCAUAGCAAUACUUCUUCAGCAAGUGACCGAGCCCAAUGUAUAUCACGUGCGCGACUAUGUCAUCGAUUUGCUCUAUUGGGUCCUUAUAACUUUGCGUGAGCCUUAUCUUAAGACUGUGGAAACAGAAUGUUUCGACUCCGUUUUAAGCAGAGUUCGCUGUGAGGCCCCAUUUCCAAAACCUAAUUACAUAUUUCAAGUGGCAUAUUACUUCAGGCACCCCAAUGAAUCAAGGUGGAGAAAUGCUGCCAAAGGUCAUAGAACUAUAUUUGCAUAUCAUGGGACAAAACUAGAGAAUUUUCAUUCUAUUAUGCACCAUGGAUUACAGCAGCAUUUGAAUAAGAAUUCAUUAUUUGGCAAAGGAAUUUACCUGACAAGUGAGCUUUCAGUAAGUCUUCCUUAUAGUACUACUGGAUUUGCCUGGGGAGCCAGCAAAGUUGGGUCUGAAUUGGCUUGUGUAGCCCUCUGUGAAUUAAUUGACCAUGAGGAAUAUGUUAAAUGCCAGCAUGCAUCAGACCAACCAAAUCGGAAUCGAGUCCAAGCCCCAGAAAGCAUUGCGGGCGAAGUGCCAAAUAAAUAUUAUGUUGUGACUAACAGUGAAAUGGUGCGAAUUCGCUAUUUACUAAUCUAUUGCAAGCCUCCUGUGAAAUUAGUCCUGCAAAGAAAUUUCCUUCUGAGCUGGUUGUCUAGACACAAGUUGCUUGCAUUCUUCAUAGGGUAUGGGCUUUUUUUGUCCCUCAUUGGUAUAGCUAACACUGAUUACGGCAUUUACAUUUACGAAAUGAUCUUAAAAAAAUUAGAAGCGAUAUAUCCUAUUUUACAUACUUUAAUCCCUAUCAAAAUCUUUUGA